GACUUGGAAUAAUCAGAAGAUUGUUUUAAAGCAAUUAAAUUGAUGAGAACCCUAACACCUUGAUGAAGUGAAGAUACAGUGAACAUAUUGCAUACUGCCCUAAUAGCCGUACUAAUUCAAAGUACCCUAACAGUGCACCUUGAUGAAGUGAAGAUUAGGUGAACAUAUUGCAUACUGCCCUUAGCCGUACUAAUGAGCGACUUUAGUGAGUAAUGUCCCCUGUUUUCCGAUAUAGGUGGCGCUCUGGUCGAGUAGGUUCCUCUAUGCGGAUAUGUUCGGAUUUUAUCAUAAAAUUAUCGCCAUUGUUAUUCAGCGAAGCGUUUGACAGCUUGACAAUAGAAACAUAAAAUAAUGCCUCAAACCAUGUGUUGCGUUCCCUUUUGUUCACGAAAAGGUCGACACAAGUUCCCGAAAGACAAACAACGUCAAGCAGCAUGGGUACAAGCUAUUCGACGGGUGAAAACAAAGUUCGAAAUCUGGACUCCAUCCGAAUACUCGUACGUGUGUGAAAACCACUUCACCGAAGAUGAUUACCACACAAUAACAUAUGCAGGAAAUGAAAGACGUAAGCGGGCAUUGCGAAAAACAGCUGUCCCUAGUAUUUUUUUCUGGACGAACAAGGCGACUGUUGCUAAGAGCCAGGAGAGAAAGGAACGUCGUCUAGAAAGAGAAAACCGGAAACGUAAGCUGUUUGAAGAUGUAACAAAUAUGGAACAGUCUGGUGAAAACACAAGCUUUGAACCAGAGUACAUUGCCACAAAAAUUGACAUUGUUACCUCUGAUAUCGAUGUGGGUGCUAGCGAAGAAGUUGUGACACAGCAGGAAUGUGUCGAGCAAAUAAUCUCGAUCACAGAUGAAAAGGUGACAUUUAUGGACUCAUUUGUACAAACAGAGUGUGAAACGGAAGAUGCGGCAAUACAAACAACAACUACACUUGCAUUUAGCAUCAACAAGUUCGAGGAUGAUGAAGCUGCCGUUCAUUUCUACGCUGGACUUGAAAAUUACAUGAAAUUCUUUUUUGUUUUGAACACACUCGGACCAGCAGCAUACCAUCUUAAUUAUGUGUAUCAUUCUAUAACAAGUAUAAGUGUUGCUGAUCAAUUUUUUAUUACGUUGAUUAAAUUAAGGCGACACAUGACAAACUUUGAACUGUCGCGAUUAUUUAAUGUUUCGGAAAGUGUUGUGUCAAACAUUUUCAUUACGUGGGUCUUUUUCAUGGAAAAACAGUGGAAAGAAAUUAACAUUUGGCCAUCACAAACUUUAGUCCACUAUUUUGCUCCAAGCAGCUUCAAGAGACUGUACCCCAAAACACGGGUUAUAAUUGAUGGUACUGAGUGCCCAAUUAAAAAGUCGAAGAAUCCAACAGCUCAACAAGCCACUUUUUCGACUUACAAGAACCGAAAUACAGUUAAGGUUUUGGUUGGCAGUACCCCUGGCGGUCUUAUUUCUUAUGUGUCUCCAGCCUAUGGGGGUGCUACAAGUGAUAGUCAAAUAGUUGAACGGAGUUCACUGACCAGGCUUUGUUCCAAAAGUGACAGUAUAAUGGCUGAUAAAGGUUUCAAUGUGCAGGACAUUUUUGCACCACAUGAUGUGCAUAUCAAUAUACCAACCUUUUUUAAGAAGCAAAAUAGAAUUUCGAAUGAAACUGCUAUUAAAGAUAGAAAAAUUUCAAGUAAACGUGUUCAUGUAGAAAGAAUUAUUGGGCUAGGAAAAUCAUACAAAAUUUUAACUGAACCUUUGACUAGCACAGAGACUAAGUUGUCAUCAGAGAUAAUUUUUGUUUGUUUCAUGCUAUGUAAUUUCAGGAAUGGCAUAGUGUCUACAUAUGCUUAAAGAAUAGCUACAAUCAAAGUUUUGUAUGCAGCUAAGAGGAUUAAAAUGUCAAAUUUGUAUUGUCAAUAAACAUUCUGCAAAAAAUAUGUCAGAUGUGCGCUCUGGUUAUGAGUGUUAAGAAGUACAUGUAAUGAGAGUAAUUAAGCUAAUGGACAUGUGAUUGGA